CCUCUGGAAAGAUGCGUAUAUAAACCUGUCAGCACCUGCACCAUCGACUGCUUUGUCUUUCCUCAACUUCAUCCGUCUGCCUUUACUCAAGCUUAGUCUUAGUCAAUGGUCCGUAGGGCGUUGCAAUCAACCGUUUCAGCCAGCUCGCUUCUGUACGCUUUCAGCGCACCGCACCUCCAUCAUGUCCGCUUACUCCACACUUCCGGACGUGCCCGUCAAGCACUCGGAUUUCAUUCCCUACAUCGCAUCCAACCCUCAGAAGCGGCUGCCAGAACUGCUCGAACCAUUCAAGCAGUACGAUGCAAAACUCCGACAAGUCUUUGCCCAGGAGCCCGACCACCCUGCCCUGGCCGAUAACUAUCUGAACAUCGUCCCGCUCUUCGACGGCCACCAGAAAGAUGUCACCAUCCGAGCUAGAAACCUCGAUGCAGAGACCCAAGAGGAAAAGGACAGGUACAUAAUGCCAUUGGAGCCCCAGGACAGGCGUCCACAUGGUUCACCAGCCAUUGUGCACGACAUAAAGGACUUCCAGCAGAACUUCGCCCUCUUCACCGAGUCCUCGCUAGUGGACCUCGACUGGACUAAUGUCGUUGCCGCGGGCUCCUCUGUUGUCACUUGCCUCUUGCCCGUGCCUGACAAGUACAAGAAAUCUAAGAAGUCGCUGCGGCACUACUACCAUGAGAAGAUUGCCCCAGCUUCCGAUGUGGACCUGUUCAUAUACGGUUUGACCGAGGAAGAAGCAAUCAAGAAGAUCCUCGACAUUGAACAGCGCGUCAAAGACAGCAUCUUGACCGAGAUCACCACCAUCCGGACCAAGAAUGCCAUCACCAUUGCCAGCCAGUACCCCACCCGGCACAUUCAGAUCGUGCUCCGUGUCUACAAAUCGGUUGCCGAAAUCUUGACUGGAUUCGAUGUCGAUUGCUCCUGCGCUGCCUACGACGGAAAGCAGGUCUACGCCGCCCCUCGAGCUCUGACAGCGUUUAUGACGCAGACCAACACCAUCGACCUAACCCGCCGCUCACCCUCCUACGAAAACCGCCUCUCCAAAUACUCCCGCAGGGGCUUCGAAGUGUACUGGCCCUUGCUGGAUCGCUCCCGCAUUGAUCCCACCAUUUUCGAGCGGAACUUUGGCAGGACGGUUGGAUUGGCUCGGCUUUUGGUUUUGGAGCGUCUGCCCACAAAAUAUGAGCGAGAGUCUUACAUGGAUGAGAGGCGGCGCGAGAGAGGCAGACCUGCGAUCAAUCGGCCGUAUAGUUUCUCGUCCAAGGGUAAUAUCAAGGAGAGGUUUGAGGAUGAGGUGGCCGAGUGGGUGGAGCAGGAGGAUGUGAGCGACUACCAUACCUUCACCAUUCCCUACGGACCCAAAUACCACGCCAAGAAGAUCGAAAAACUGCUCUACACAAAAGACCUCCUCCUAAACGCCGAGUGGAACAAGCAAAAGGACCGCGAGGUCAACCUCCACCGCCACCCAGCCUUCUUCGGCUACGCCACGGACAUUAUCCACGAUUGCUGUGGGAGCUGUCCCGCCCCAGUAACCGACGAAGAGCACGUGGUUGCUGAGGAAGAAGCGAAAAUAUACGUCUCGGGGGAAAUCUCCUUCAUCAAGGAUGACCCGGGACGUCAGGCUAUCGGUUCGUUUCAUCCGCUGACGGAUGAUGAUUGGACGGAGAUGGCGUACGUUGGCAAUACAGCGAGGCUCUGUCAGGCGAUUGUUGAUUGUGAUUUGGAGCAUGUGGAGGAUUGGCUUGCGCAGGAGGGGGCGGAUCCUAACUGUCGAGAUUAUACUGGACGAACGCCACUGCACCUUGCUGUUGUUUCUUCGACCCCUGAGAUCGUAAAGUCGCUCAUUGACCAUGGUGCCCGAUUGGUGGCUCGUCUCGCUGAUGGGAGAACGGCUUUGCACUUGGCUGCCGCCCGCGGUGAUGUGGAGAUGGUUCGGAUGAUCAUGAAUAAGAGCGAAGAGAACGAAGAGGAGGAGGCGAAGAAAGAAGAUGCUCGCAAGCAAGCCCGCAUUGCGGAGAGGCAGGCAAAAGCUGGAGAUACAGAAGAUGUUAGGCCAAACGAAACCUCUGAGGAGAGUGAUGCCGAGAUGAUCGACGCCGACUCGGACGAGGACGAGGACAUGCAUUCCACCACGACAGGAUCCUACAUCAAAGUCAAGAACGCAGAGAGAGAGCAAAACAAAGAUUCCAUUCCCGAAGAAGAAGACAAUGACCCGGACGUCUACGACGUCAACGUGCUUUCCUGGGAUACAAAGUGCUCACCGCUCCACUACGCCAUCCUCGGUGGGCACAUUGAGGUUGUCAAGGAGCUCGUCCAGACCUUUGGAGCAGACGUCCUCCUUCCAAUCAAACUCCUGAGUAGUUAUGACAAGUCGCCCAGGGGUGCGAUCUUGACACUGAUUCUUGCCUUGAAUCUCCCUCUGGAGAAAGCCUUGGAGAUGACGCGCACGUUACUGGAACUGGGAGCUACCUCGGCGCAGGCUGACAUGCAUCAAACCACCGCGCUCCAAUUCGCAGCCACUAAGAAACCGGAGAAGCCUGAGGUUUUGGACAUCUAUUUCCAGCAGGACGGGCCCGCCGCUAUGCGCAUUCUAAACCACAUGUCAGUAUUCGGCUCAGACUACAGUCCGGAAGCCUGGAGUCCCCUCAUGAGCGCCAUCUACAACGGAAACUCCCUUACCGCUCUCAAACUCUUGGAGGCCGGAGCCAGCCCAACCAUCGCGUUCAAAGAUUGGGUAAAGUCCGUGGAGGCACAGUUCUCCGCAGUCUCGACUCGCGGUCCCGACUACAACCUCAAUAACUUCCUCAAGUAUACUCACCAGCCAAUCGUGCUGGCUGUGCAGACCGAAGUACCGGAAGUUGCGCUUGCGCUGCUGGAACGAGGGGCGAAUACGGAGGCACUGCCUCCCGAGACGCAAUACGCACUCCAAGAUGAGUGGAGGAGGCGAUACCAGCACAUGGAGACCGUCUUGGAUAUGGUGCGGAGUAAGAUCCAGAAACUUCAGAAGCACAGGGAUGAAGCCGGUUCGUCCGUACCGAAGAGUAGGUUGGAAGCGGGACGCGAUUAUCUCCAAGAUCUGGACGCCGGAACUUACAAACACUUCAUCGCCAGGAUUCAAGUGGAUGCCGCUCACAAGGCGGAUCGCGAGGCGAAGGAGAAGUACGAGGAGGAAGUCAAGGCCAACCGCGACCGGGCAGGAUCAGCCGAAAAAGAGAAAGCCGUUACCGAAAUGCUGGCCAAGUUCAAACAGCUCGAGAAAGCGCUGGUUGCAAAGGGAGCCAAAACGUUUGAAGAGCUGCACCCCGAUAUUGUGAACAACCCCGAGCAGAGCCAUGACUUCUAUCCUCGAUUUGGCAAGGACAACCAGGGCCCCUUCGCGGUGGCUUUCAAUUUCAAUGUUCAUGAUCUUACGGAUGACACAAGGGAGGCGUACUUGGAACUAUUCCAAGCAGCUUGGGACGGUGAUCUCGACAAGAUCAAGUCUCUAACUCUUGCGCCCCGCGGCCCCGAUAGAGCCACCCCGCUGAAGAUUGCUGUCAGGGACCAAAAUCAGUACUCGCCUUUCAGUAUUGCAGUGCUCCGUGGUCACCGCGAUGUCGCAAAGGCGAUCGUCGAGAUUGCUUUUGCCCAGUACGAGCCGGUGGACAAGCCAACGGAUGCGCGAUAUCGCAUGGAAGAUGACGAUAGUGAUGAGAAAAGCGAAGCUUGCAGCGACUCUGGCUCUGAUCGUAUGCAGGUGUACAAGACGAUUGUGGAUGACACGUUCACUAUUGAUAAUAUCGGCGAGGUGGCGACGCAGGUAAAGUCAAACGUCCAACCAUUAGGACUGAUCUCGUGGGAGUGUCCUGUAUGGGAGUACGAGAAGAUGUUGCAUCCCGAGGCAAAGCUCACCUACGGUAUUGAUGAUCGAGAAGCUGAGGACGGAAAAUGUCCCGUCUCCCUGCAGCGAUGGGCCAUCAUCACAAACGAUAAGGACUUGUUCACGUUCAUGGUGGAUUUGGACUAUGAAUGGACCCAACGUUCAAGGAUGGCAGAGAUCCCCGAUGCUCCUGAACUUCUGUUUGACUACACGGAUUUUCAGCGUACGAUCAAGUAUGGCCGUCUGGAUAUGCUGGCGGAGGAAAUCAGGCUGUAUGGCGCGGGGAUUGAGCUCGAGGCCCUGGUGAAGCAGAGUGGUGUCAAGCUGAUUGAGAAACCGCGGUACUAUCAGGGGCUUUCGGUGCACGGCCGCAAGCGCGAAGACUGGGUCAAUGCCGCCCGUGGCACUUACAAACAGGACAUUGUAGACCAAACUCCACCGCUGUUGCGGGCGGCAUUUGACGGUAGCCUUGCGAGCGUGGAGUGGUUCCUUAGCGAUACGCCUGCGCGUCUUUACAGGGAAUUCGGGGAGACGAAUAAGGACAAUAAGUACAUCAAACAUUUGAACACGUCGGCUGGUGGGUUUGAUAAAGUGGUUUCGAAGUGGCUUGGUGUGAGACGUGAAUACGCUAUGCACUGCGCAGUGAUGGCAGAACCAUCGCCCGAAUCCCUGAAAUUGAUUCGGUACCUCCUCCAAGUCAUGCCCGACUCUGUCAACACCAAAUCCAUUACCAUGGGUCAUACCCCCUUGGCUCUUGCCUUUUCUCUCGGCCGUCUUGACGCCGCUAAACUCCUCAUCGAAGCCGGUGCCGAUCAGACUGUUCGGGACAAGAUAGGCUCCAAUAUCCUCCAUCUGCUACUCGUCUCCCCUUACACGAAUGCGAAUCGGGGUUUCAAGGACCUGCAUGAGUAUCUGAACCUCAUCGACAAGCGCCUCAUCCCCUCGCUACUCAACCAGCGCUGCUCUUACUCCCCUGGCUCCUUGACUCCGCUAGCUAGGUGGCAGAGGAACGUAAUCACGUUCACGAACCUCGAGAGCCCUGAAAAGGUCCUCAGGGCGAUCCUCGACCUUGCCAAGCCGACCAACAACGAGCACCUGGAACUCUUCGACGCGAGUGGUGAAACGCCGCUGCACUUCGCCGUCAAGAAUAAGCAGCAAUCGUUCUUGAGGAUUAUGCUGAGUUAUCGAGCGGAUCUGCUGUACCGAGAGAACUCGGUCGGAUGCACGCCGAUGGAGUUGGCAAAGGAUAACUUUCUGUCAAGCUGCGUGCAGGAGGCGCCGAAGGUGGGGCGGGAUCCGUAUCGAGGACAUGGAGUAAGCGUUGUGGAUAAGCUGGCGGAGGAGUUUGUCAAGAAGGAGGGAGAGGAUGGAGAAGUCACGCUGGAGACGGUGUGGAAGACGUGCGAGGAGUUUGCGGCGAGGAGCCCGGGGAAGAGAAAGUUGGUUAGCCUUGCGGAAGCGAAUGAGGUGGCGAAUCGGUUGGCCGAGUGGAAUACACAAUCCAAGCGGCAGAGGACGGGCGGGCGAGGGAGGUAUGGAAGGGCGAAUGAGGAGGAAGAGGGGAGCGUCGAGGGUGGGCAGGCGGAGGAGGGGGAGGGGGACAGGAAGACGGAUGAGGUUGCGCAGUGGUUUCCCAAGGCCGUGGUUACGUGGUUUGAUAAGGGGCCGAGGGCUUGGGCGGCGUAGAUGGUGGAUACAGGGGAAGGUAGAUGGAUGUGCGUGGGGUGCGGCCACGGCCUGGUUGUGGAGGGGUAGAUGCAGGUUAUGAUAUCAGGGCAUACAUCUCUUUCAUGGUUAUUAGGG